AUGCAGCCAUGGCAAGCCGUCAUAGAUGUUCAAGAGGCACAAUCUGUAGGAAUCGAUGCCUUUGCUUUGAACGUUGCUAGCACAGACACAUGGUCUACAAAUGCAAUCCAGUAUCUUUUCGAUGCAGCAGCUCAAUACAACAAUUUUAAGUUAUUCUUCUCUUUCGACAUGAUUCACUUCACUCAUCCAUCUCAAUUUCUUGGUCUUAUCGAGCAAUGGCACAAUCAUAAGUCGUAUUACUCACAUAAUGGCCAUCCGUUUGUGAGCACAUUUUAUGGGGCGAGGUUGUCCUUUGGUGAAAGUAGCCCUAGCAACGGUUGGCAGAAACAUUACCGAGAACCACUACAAGCAAAGGGAAUUUGGACAUACUUUGUACCAGCUUUCUCAGAUGCAAUGGGUAGUCCAACUGGAUUUACCUAUGCUUUCCCAGUUAUUGAUGGAGUAAUGAAUUGGGAUGGCGCUUGGCCAUAUGAAUCGGAUGGACAAGUCGAUGUUAGUAGUGCGAGUGAUCAGGCAUACUUGACCGAUACGCAUACCUAUUCAAAGACCUUUAUGAUGGCCAUAUCACCCGUUCAAUUUAAACAUAUGGAUCAUAAUCAGAAUUGGUAUCGACGUGGUGAACUUAAUUAUGCAACUAGAAUUCGUCAAGUUCUCUCCCUUGCUCCUGAUUUUCUUGAAAUUGUAACCUGGAAUGAUGCCGGUGAGUCGCAUUAUUUCGGAAAAAUCUGGCCAGAUUCCAUAGCUGGUACUAAUAUCCAAACCUAUACCGAUGGUUAUGAUCAUUCAGGAUGGCAAAAGUUGUUACCACCAUUUAUAAAGGCAUAUAAAGCUGGCAUCAAAGAUGUUUCCAGUUUAAUACCAUCGGAUGGAAAAGCAGUAAGUGGUGUGUUUUGGUAUCGACCGUUAUUAAAGUCGGCAUCUUGCAUUAAUGAUUUUAUGGGAAAACCGCGCGGAUGGAUGAAUGCUGAAGAUAAUUUUAAUUUGGUGGUAUUGGCAGACUCACGUGCGAGUGAGUACACAAUUAACAUCUACAGUGGAUACGAUAUGCUUGCGUGGUAUCGUCCUGUACAAGGUUUAAACUCAUGGAGCAUUCCUGGCUUACGAAUUGGAUCACAGAGUAUAGAAAUUGUGGAUAUUAACGGACGGGUCAUAGCAAGUGGAAAGGGAACAAUGACUGUUAUUGGAGAUAUGAGUCAUGGAGUUUGUAAUUAUAACUAUCAAGUUGUUGGUUUUUAA